AUGGCGCUUUCACUUCAGUCUACCUACAAGUUGGUCUCAGGCUACGAGAUCCCCGUCGUGGGAUUCGGAGUUUACCAAACGCCACCCGAUGUUACCGAGAAGGUAACUAUCAAGGCAAUUGAGCUCGGGUACCGCCAUGUCGACAGCGCCAAGUACUACGAAAACGAGGCAGAGAGUGCCAAUGCCAUCCGCAACUCUGGACUCGAGCGCUCGAAGAUCUUCUACACCAGCAAGGUGCCUGCGAACUGCAUGGGAUACGAGAAAUCAAAGAAGGCCAUUGAGGAAAGCAUUGCUGAUGCAAACCUCGGCUACAUUGACCUGAUGUUGAUCCACGCUCCCUAUGGCGGCAAGGAGGGCCGCCUCGGCACAUGGCGCGCACUCGUUGAGGCCCAGAAGGCUGGUCACAUCCGGUCCCUCGGUGUGUCCAACUUCGGUAUUCCGCAACUCGAGGAAUUAGAGGAGUACAUUAAGAACGGAGGAGGUGGUCAAAUCACCGUCGGUCAAUACGAGAUUCACCCGUGGUGCCCGCGUGACGAUAUCGCGGAGUGGCUGCAGAAGCGUAACAUCAUUGUCGAGGCAUACUCUCCCCUGGUGCAGGCAACCCGCAUGAAUGAGCCUGUUCUGCAGAACCUGGCAAAGAAGCACGGUAAGAGCGCGGCUCAGAUUCUCGUUCGCUGGAGUGUGCAAAAGGGAUACGUGCCCCUUCCCAAGUCAGUGACCGAGUCUCGCAUCCUGGAGAACUCGCAGGUUUUCGAUUUCACUCUGUCCGAUGGGGAUAUGGCCAGUCUGAAGCUCGACUCGUAUGCGCCGGUGUGCUGGGAUCCUGUCCGGGACUGCAAGAUCUAG